UCGAAUUGUGCAGUUCGUGUGGCGCGGUUGAUAGCGGACGACAAAAUAAAUAUUUGGUGUUCCGGCGUGGCGCUUUUUCCUACUUUUCGGAGUGAAUUUCGCUUUGGCAAAACUGAAGUGCAUUGAAAUUGAAUGAAAACAGUAGCUAAAACGCUGACUAGCAGAAAGUGGCAACAGCGAAUUGUUGUUGCCGCUGCGAAGGUAUUCGAGAAAUCGAUAAGAAAAACAAGUGCAAAAGAAAAAGCAUAGUGAAAAAGGGCGAAACAAAAGUAAAUAAAAAAUAAAAAAAAAAAACAAAAUUGCGAAGGGAGGCAAAGGAAAGGAAAGCGGCCUAGUGCAAUGUGCGCAAAGUGGGCCGCGCGCUGAAUGGUGGGAGCGCAGAGAGUGUGCAACGUGUGGAGAAGACAGCGAGCGGUUCGUGAAUUGUUGUUAAAAAUCAAUAGAAAUGUUAGUAUAUAAAAUUUGGUUUUUUUCAUGGUAAAAAUUUGCCGGUUACGUGUUUACGAAAGCGAACAGCUUCUUUGCUGGAUGGAAGAAGUGUUUUGAUAUGACAAUUUCUGUGUUUUCUAUGAAAUCUAUUAAAGUGAAAUUUGGUUGCUUUUGCAGUGCACAAAUCACUUAAUGUCAGCAACCAUUUUUCGUACUAUGAUUACCUCUGUGAGUGCGGGUGUGUGCGUGCGUGCGGGUAUUUGAAAAUUUUCAAAUGGGAAAAAUUUCACUUUGCAUUCGGCGCUCAAGUGUGAAUAUAUAUAUAUGUAUGUAUGUAUGUAUAUGGAGAUACGCUCGUACAAAUGUCAAUACGUCUGUGUGAGUGUUUGUAAAUUUGAACAGUUCCAUAUGUGAAUGAGCAGCUAGAGCGGUCAAGUGAAGAGCAAACGGUAAAUUAGUGAGGGCAUUCAUAGGCAAACACUUGAAACACACACACGCACACUCAUGUAUUUGUGCGUAUAUAUAUUUGAUAAGGCGCCUCGUUCGUACGCUUGACUAUCAAGAACAACAAAAGUCGUCGUCGUCGUCAUUGUCGUCACGCAUACGCGGCCACGCAUUUGUAACGCGACCCAGCAAGACGCCGUGCCGCGCUGUGACAUUUGUUAUUUAUUUCGUAUCUAGCCCGGCUCGUUUCGGUUGCGGUGCGUUCGCAUUGGAAUUUCGACAAAAAUAUCGCCAACAUAAACAAAAACAACUAAGUAUGUACAUAUGUACAUGCAUGCAUGCAAUGUAGACAAAAUAAUGUAUAAAUGUGUGACGGCGAAUUCGGCGGCGAAAACAUUGGGCGCAAAGUGGGCGAGAAGAGCGAAUUGAACGCCAAAUAGGGGUAGGGGCAGUGGCAGUGGCAGCGGCACCGACGACGACGAGGCGAGCGGCGUAGAAAGUUCGCGUUCGGCGGCACACGAACUUUGCUGCUUUUCUUCGUGCCGCGGCCGCUUUUCGGCUUAAAUGUGUAUCUACUGCAAAUUCAGAAAAAAAACGAAUAGAUACAAAGCUGACAACAGAUACACAGUGGAUGCGCAGUACUGAACUGGCGCUAGCUGUGAGCAUACAUAAAUAAAUAACGAAAGAGGCUACUAAAAAAAUAGACAUUUACUAAAUGCAAAUGCGUGUGUGUUUUAAGAAUUGUAAACAAGCUUAUAAAGCAAAAAAGUAAAAAAUUUAUACAAAAAUAAACUAAAAGAGAAAUAGUCAAAAUGAAGCUGCAAUCACCAACAAAAACGCUAAAAGUGCGCGAAUUUAAUGAAUUACUGAGCUGCUCUCUAUGCGAUGGCUAUUUGAUAAAUCCUACAACGGUGGACAAUUGUUUGCAUACAUAUUGCCGCAGCUGUAUUGUUCAACAUUUACUCGGCGAAGCAUGCUGUCCGCAAUGUAAGCUUGCUGGAGGUGGCAAACAAAUCAAUGUGACCAAUUUGAAAUCGGAUGAUGUGCUGCGCGCAUUAAUCUUCAAAUUGGUACCUGGUUUGUAUCAAAAGGAACGCGAACGUGUAUUACAUUUCAGAGCCACACAGCACAAUGGGCAAGAGAAAACGGACGACGAGGAAGCGGUUAGCAUCGAUAGCUGUGAGCAGGACACAAUUGAAGAGAAUUUCUUUGCGCCAGCUGAACCAAUUAGUUUGUCAUUGGAAUAUCAUCCGGCGUUGCUUGAAGGCUGUAGCACGAGUCAAAUUCCACCAGUUCGUUACCUACAAUGUCCAGCUGGUGUGAAGAUACGUCACUUGAAACGUUUCCUCUGCUCUAAAUUCGGCAUUGACCCGGAGAGUAAGCGUAUCGAGGUGGAAGUGAUUUAUGAGGAUGAGGUGUUGCCAAAUGAUUUUACGCUAAUGGAUGUGGGCUAUUGUUACAAUUGGAAGAGGCACGCGCCCAUGAAAUUCACCUAUCGCAUACUAUUCUAUGGUGAUGAGUCGCAAAAAAUAGAAAAUGACUCCAAUAAAUCCGACGUCGAAGUUAAAAGAACUGAUUGCUCUAACAGCAUAAAAGCCACAGAAACACAACAAAGCAAAGAGCUUACCAUUUGCGAUGAGACGAACAUUACAACUUUGCCCUGUGCAACUUCUCCGCUUUCGCACAACUGUAGCGCCCACACAACAUUGGAAAACACAGAUAAAGGCCAGAGCAAGUCACCAAAGUGCGUCAAGGUGAGCACGUCAAUCAAAUCAGCUGUUGAAGAGAUAAAUGCACCAGUGAAAAUGAUAAUUGCGCGUAAAUCGAGUGCAGAUAGCGGCAAAAAGGCAUCGCCAAAGCGCAACCAUAAUGAGGAAGUUACCUACACAGUAACAAAUGAUUUCAAGAGUCUGCGGAGCAAUGAUAUGCGUUACAGCGACUAUGCUGUCUCCUCCACGACCAGCAACAGCAAUUCACCAAAGAGUUCGCCGAAGAGUGCACAGCGCUCACCUAAAUCAGCCGAUAUUGCGAUCGCUGUUGAGCCAACACCAUCUCAGGGCGCAUCGGUGGUGCCCAAGUGUGAUAUUGUGGUGAGCAUACCGCAGUCGCAAGUGCCGAAGUCACCAUACUCAAUCGACGACGAGUUCGAGAAUGUAUCGCUGGCACAAUUGAAGACUGCGAGCAAGAAAUCGCCACCAUCUGUAACGAUGAUCGCUGCAUCGGAGACAUCCAAAAGCGGAACGACUAGAAAUGUGCCAAAAUUGAAGAUUGAAUUGAACAGCUUGAAGACACGCUUGAGCAUUUCGAAGCCUAAAUCGGCAGGUGUUUUGCACAGUGGUGGGUCUUCGGAGAAAUCAGGGCGCUUCAAGCACCGCAAACAUUCAUUGGACGAUGUGACUGGGCCUUUGAAUGAUCAGCUUGAUAUUGAGACAUAUGCUAAGAAUAUCGGCUUACAACCCAUUGAGGUGCUGACGCCACCGGAAUCGGCGGAAUCAUGUGACAAGCUCAAAUAUAGCCCGAAUGCCUCACCACUCUCUUCAGCUUCUUCAACCACCAGCUCAUCGAAUAAUGCAUUUCCAAUGUCGGCACCCACCGAGUUAGCAUCUACUUCGUUCCACAAGAAGAGGAAAAAGAAGCACUCAAAAGAUUCUAAGGACCCAAAAGACAGCAAGCGCCGCAGAAUGCAUGCCGAGAUAUCCAGUAAGCCAGAGGAGGAGAGUCUUAAGAUGAAGGUUAAGCUAACGGCGCCGCAUAAUCAUAAAUCACACAAAUCAGAAAGCUACGGCACGCGGAGGAGCAACGACGAAGGGCGCAAGUCACACCACGAGAGCAGGGGAUCUAAGGAUGCCAAUGCAGUGGCGACGAGUGGUACAACACCUACCGCGUCACAAACGGAUAGCCUCUUGGCGUUAAAUAAGACACUUGGCGAAGAGUCGCGUAGUAUUAAUCAUCUCAUGAAGGAGAAGGAGAAGAGCAAAGAGAUCGUCAAAAUUGUUAAAGCCGAUGAAACGUUGCUGUCGUUACCACAAUCUCAGUUGCUGACAAAACCUUUAAACAAUAUCAAGGAAGUGAAGUUACCAGCAUCGCCGCCCUUGCCGCCCAGCCUCUUCAAGACAACCCCACUCAAUUUUAAUACACUGACCGUCACAAGUACAACUGCUGGUCAGUCUAAGUCGACGACGAGCGCUAGCAAGCAAUCCGAAGUAGUAAAGGGCAAGCAGUCGCUAUCAACAGCAACAAAACCAACCGCAAUACCGCAGUACAACAGACAAGGUUCCGCACCUGUACCGAAGUCUCAUCCCCACUUCAUAGUUCCUAGCUUGCCACGUCGUUCCUCGCCCGCAACAAAUAGCUCAUAUACACCUUCAUCCAUAGCCAGCGCCAGCAGCAAACAACUUGGCAUGCAGCUGAAGCGAUCCGCCUCCUUGGAUGAGUCAUACGCGCUUGGCGGGCGCGGCAAGCAACCAAAGUUGGACGCCUCGCAACGCAAGUCCCUUUACAGCAGCUAUGCGAAUAAACCCUACACUCCCUCAACCACUAUUAGUAUUACCAAGAUGGCCGACACUGUAACGCAGGCGCACGGCGCCAGCGCUGGCAGUAGCGCAGUCACAAUUACAGCGCGCCAACCUGGUGGCAUAGCGCAAAGGCAACAGCACUGGCAAUUGCCACCCUACACCCCCUUGCAUUUGCCCUACAACAAACCCGCCGUGGAAAUUGUGCGCAUCAACUCUGGGCAAGCGGCUGCUGAUAUGCAAUCGCAACCAACUGUGAAAUCUACAAAAGGCGGCGGUAGUCGGAUGAUGGGACCGCCACUGUCUAUGGUCAAGGGUAAGAAAGCCGUGGGGCAGCAACUGGGCGCUUUGCCCACCACUGGCGCCACAAAGUCGGCGCAAGCGGCCUUGAGUACCACGCCCCUCGGGCAAGGAAGGAACAAUCCUUACCGGCUGUCACCGCCGGCGCUUGUAAAUCUGCAUGGUCCAACUUUUCCGGCGACUAAGAAAGGCGCAGAUAAAGCUUGCAACAAACAGGAGGGCAAUGGCAUAAACAACGGCGCUACCGAGAAAAAAUUGCAGCAACCGCAGCGCAUCAGCUUGCGUGAAUUCAGACCCAACUCUAGGGAUCAAUUUAUUGAAAUAGCUGACACCGCCGGCAGUGCUGGUGGCAAAGAAGAAAUUCGACUGGCUGAUACUACAGUCAAUGCCACGCUAAUAGCUCCAUCGGUCCGAGAAAGCCUGGAGGCGGCUUUGAAUAAGCUGAAACAGAACAUCACCUCCACAACGGUGCAAGACAGCGUCGCCGCUGCUGCUUCAAAGCAACAACAACAGCUGAAUUUGCCAACAGAUAUGAGCAACGAUGAUCUGCAGAAUCUACAUUUGCUUUCCGAGUCGGCAACAGCGCGCGAGAAGAUCGCAAUACGCGCCUCACAAUCCUAUGAGAAGCCAAAGUCACAACAAUCAUCAUUGUCGCGGCAGCAAAACGCUUCCGUGCGCAACAUACCCAAUCCCUCGGCGCUGGCGUUUCGCAAUAUGUCGACGCUGCCCACGGUGAGCUCAACUGCUGUUGCUGUUGACUCAUUAACUGCAAACUCCAUCACCAAUACAAGCACCAGCACCGCCAGCUCCCCAUCCACAUCCACAGCCACGCUUAAUCUCACUUCACCGCCUGCACAAAAGAAAUUACCACUUACGGCGCUACCUUUAACCGGCGUUGCAGCUCCUCUCAGUCCAGCUGUUAUGCUACACUCAACCGCCGCCACCGCCGCCGCCACCGCCACCUCCACCCCCACCCCCACCAGCACAACUGCGGCGGCAACGACACGCACCAUAAAAAAGCCAACGACCAUCGAUCAAGUGGCCGCCAAUUUAAAUAUGCGCGCAUCCGCAGCCGCCGCUGAAGCAUACGCGGCCAAGCUAAAUGCAGCAGAGGAUGUAACUCAAAUAAGUUCGUCCACAGGCAUCACCACCACCACCACCACCAGCAACAACAAGAGUCCAAGUGGCAUUACAAAGUCGACGUCUGCUACGAAUAUCGCCUCCUCAACCACAGCCAAUGUGCCGUCGGCAGCCGAAGCAGCAGCUGAGCUGACAAACAAAGAGAUGAAGUCGUCGAGCAGAGGAGGAGGAGGAGGGGUUGAGUGUGCCAAAGCGAAAGUGUUGCCAAAAUCCAUUGCAGAUAGUGGUGUGGUGGCAACUGCCAUUGUCACUGAUGUCGCUAGCAUAAAGAAUGCUGGAAACAACAAAAACAAUAACAACAACAACAACAGCAAUAGCAAGAACAAUAACAAUAAUGGCAACGACAAAUACGGUGUGACGGCAACUAGCGUGGCGAGUGAUUAAGAUAUAGCCAGUCGGUGUGAAAUUUUCUUCGAAAUAGUGGACUCAGAAGUCAAAUAUUUCUGGAGAUGGAUGGACAGCGAUGAGGAUUCAAUUGACGAUUAAUUCGUAAAAAGUGGCAAUCCAUGCAAUUAGAAAAUGUUUCAAUACACUACAGGCGCAAUAUACAUACAAUAAAAUAAAUACAUACA